GAUUCUUUCCAACUCACACAUUAGGCAUAUCUACGAGUUCGACUCGGAAUCAAAGCCUUGGAUGGCGCACGUCAUGACGAAGCCGUUGACCAUUUCACUGUCGCUCUCAACUCCAGCGGUCUAUCAUCGAAAUCAGACAUUCAUGAAAUAUACGAGGACUUAGUGGUGGUCUUCGGCUGGGAUCUCCAAUCGUUGUGGCUCACUGCACACCAGAAACGGUGUCAGGCUUUCCUGUCCGCACACAAAGUCGAUAAAGCUCUCGAAUCACACAAAUCUAUGAUGGACAACAUCGACGAAGCGACGAAGGCCAGCUGCCUCGAUUGGUCCACUGAUUUCCGGAAACAAUGUAGUGCGCUCGCUGCAUCCGAUGACCGCAUUCUUGGCGCGGAGAUCCCAGGACAAGAUCAAGAUGGCUACGAUGUGGAACCUGGAUUUUUCCGGGGAAUGCAUGGAGUAUGUGCUAAAGUGUAUUCUUCGGGUCACUCGCUCACAUAUUGUUCAUUACAGCAUCCUCACAUUUCUCGACCGCGACCUCAGCAGCGCCCGGGGCGCUUCGAGAGACUCAGUCUCGCUGUGACAAGGAGCCCUCGGUCAGGUCCUCCGUUAGCACGAGCACGAGCACCGCGCACCACCCUGCCAUCAGCCGCCACUCUUACCACCUUCAAAGCCCAGCUAGGACACCUAUUCACCUGGCGGUCUGAUCAUGCAGCGCCACCCGUCGUUACGGUCGAUGUUCCUUUCGCGCAAGCUAAAGAGCGCAAUGCUGCAGCGGGUGCUCCUAAACCAGACGAGGAUUUGGUACCUUAUGAAUACCUCGAUGAUCAUCCACCGGACCCUGAUACACAACAGCAGAUACCAGUAGCAGGGGAACAUGGAGGUGGUUGUUACUGCUGUUAGAGAGGUUUUGUGGACGUUUCCCGAGUAUUUCAGUUCUAUUAUCGCUCGUAUUGCUACAUGGACUCGAAGCAGUGACAUCCUUCAGAUUACUACCCAUGGCUAAUUAUCAACCUCGUCUCCCCCAUAUAUAAAGCUUGGCCUGUGCAAUGCGAGCGGAAUGGUGAAUGAUAGGUCCCUGCCCCACGUACAACCAGUUUGUAAUAACUAUGCUCAUGUACCCACUACAUUUGAG